AUGGCUUCAAAGAAGCCGUCCGUGAAGGAGGCGCAAUCCCUCGCCAGCUCCGAUCCGCGAAAAGCUGAAGCUAUUUACAAGGAUAUCAUAUCUCAACCUCCCUCUGUUACCUCCGAUGCGGCGAUUAAGGAGUACGAGAGCGCCUUGAUAAGCUUAGGAGAAUUGUAUCGGGAUGAGAAGAAGCCAAAAGAGCUUGUAGAUCUAGUUACGACCAGUAGGACUGUUCUUUCUAGUUUUGCAAAGGCUAAGACGGCCAAAUUGGUCCGUCAAUUACUCGACCUCUUCGAAGCCAUCCCGAACACAACCGACAUCCAGAUCGCCGUCACCAAGUCAUGUAUAGAAUGGGCUACUUCCGAACGAAGGAGUUUCCUGCGCCAGAACCUCGAGACCCGCCUUGUUACCCUGCACAUGGCCAAACAAUCCUACUACGAUGCCCUGACCCUCAUCAACGGCUUGCUGCGAGAACUCAAGCGUCUCGAUGACAAACUAGUACUCGUAGAAGUCCAACUGCUGGAAUCUAGAGUAUACCACGCUCUUGGCAACAACUCCAAGGCCCGCGCAGCCUUAACCAGCGCCCGAACAAGCGCCGCCUCUGUCUACACACCACCUCUACUCCAGGCGAACCUUGAUAUGCAAUCCGGCAUGCUUCACACAAUGGACCAAGACUUCAACACAGCAUACUCCUACUUCAUCGAGGCGCUCGAUGGAUACCACACACAAGAUGAAUCGGCUAAGGCUACAGCAGCUCUACAGUAUAUGCUUCUUUGCAAGAUCAUGCUAAACCUAGUCGACGACGUCAACAACUUAAUGGCAUCGAAGCAAGCGCAGAAAUACGCAGGUCAGAACUUGGAAGCCAUGAAAGCGAUCGCGCGCGCACACUCGAACCGAUCUCUCGAAGAGUACGAACGCGCGCUCGCUACAUACCGCUAUGAGCUGGGCAGCGACGCUUUCAUCCGCAACCACCUCCGCCGUUUGUACGACGCCAUGCUCGAGCAGAACCUCAUCAAGGUCAUCGAACCCUUCAGCCGCGUCGAGAUCGCCCACGUCGCGGGAAUGGUUGGUCUAGAUACCCAGCAGGUCGAGCGCAAGCUCUCCCAGAUGAUUCUUGACAAGGUUAUUGUGGGUGUUCUUGACCAAGGCGCCGGUUGUCUGAUUAUUUUCGAUGAGACACACCGCGAUGAAUCUUAUGAUGCUGCGCUCCAGACGAUUGAGAAGUUGAGCAAUGUCGUGGAUGUGCUGUACACGAACCAGGCUUCCAUGCUAGAGUAA